AUGGGAGAUCUGUCAGAGGACCUGUUAGAAAGCAGGUGUCCUCGUCUGAUCUCAGAGCGUCACUUCUCCUCAGGAUCACCAGAGGAAACACCGACACACAAAAUGCUUCUCCUCCCAGCUGCUGCCCUGUACUGUCUGUGUUCAGGUGAGUGUUUCAAUCAGCCAAUCAGGAGCCAGCAAACUCAACCUUUACCAAACACCGUCUCACUCACCUGCUUCACCUGUGUGUGUGUGUGCAGCUCUGCUUUCAACAGCAGAAGUUCUGAUCCAGGAGGAUUUAACUCUGACCAGGAGAGAAGGAGAACAAGUCUCCUUCAGCUGUGAUCAAACUGACCAAUGUUCUGGUUACUAUGUAUACUGGUACCAGAAGAAAGACUCAGACACAUUCAGAAGGAUUCUUCGUAAAAGCAGGAGUAGGGGUGCACUAGAUAAACGCUACAAUCAUCCUCAGGAAGAUGAUUUCUCAGCUGUGAAAAUUCAGAACAGCUGGGGUUUGCAGAUCCAGACAGUUAACGUCUCUCAUUCAGCCACCUACUACUGCUCCUGUCAGAAAUUUGAUUCCCACAGUGAGAAAUGA